AUGGCUGUACUAAUUAAACUAGUUUUAUUCUUUACAUAUUUAGCUAUACUGAGUAAUGAUUACAUAGAAAUGACAUUAGCAUAUUUACAUAUUGGAAACGUUCAAUUUGACAAGUCAGAAUUGGACUCCAUUAUUGAUGAUGAAAAUGGAAUACCUUUAUUUACAUCCUAUGAAUGCUUUAAUGUAGUAGAAAAUCAGAUUAAAAGCUUUAAGCAAUUCAUGUGGGAUAGAAGAGAUCUUUUGGAUACAAUAAUGACACCACCCGUAUCUCCAUUUAGAAAUGAUAUAAAUAAUUUAAAUAAUAAUACUCGUUAUUUUAAGGUUUUAAUGUUACAAUCUAAGUCUAAGACUUAUAAAGAAUUACUGAAAAUUUUUAAUACUCUUCAAAAUAUCUGUAAAUAUGCAUUUAAUAUUAAGAAUACAUUAUUAUAUAAAGAACUAGUUGAAGUAUUAGUUAGUAAACUAACUGAUGAUAUAAAUUAUUUAAAAACAAAGGAAGAUAAAAUCAAUCAUAUUUUUAAUAGUCACUUAUUUAGUGAUUCAGAGAAGUUAUUUAAGGAAGAUCUUUAUAAAUCUAGGGGUGAAAAAAAAGUAAAGAGCAUUGCUAUUGAAUUAUUGAAACAUAUUUCAAAAUUAUGGGAAUCAUCAGACUUUUAA